GAAAAUAAACACCCGCUACAUACAUUCAUAUUCCUUCUGAAGAACGUGUUCAUUUUCCUGGAAGCACAUUUCGAGGGAUUAGUGCUUCGACGUCUAUCCUUCGGAUCGAAGCUUGAGAAGUUGCCGCGAUUUCUCUUGAAUUCUCCCUACAGAAUUUCUUGGCUCUAACGAGAAAUAACGAACAUGUCUGGCCUUAAUUCGCUGUUCAAUCGAGCUACUUUUGGAACGAGAUGCAAGACAUGCUUGAAUUUGGCGGUUUCUCGAAUCAAGCUGCUUCACAAUAGGAGAGAGCUUCAACUAAAAAAUAUGCGUAAAGAGAUUGCCCAGUUUCUUCAGACCGGCCAAGAAGCCAUUGCCCGGAUCAAGGUGGAGCAUGUCAUUCGUGAACAGAACAUAUCGGCUGCUUAUGAGAUUCUAGAGCUGUUCUGUGAAUUUCUUAUUGCACGUAUCCCUGUUCUUGAAGCCCAAAGGAAUUGCCCUCCAGAGUUGCUUGAGGCUGUUGCUAGCAUCAUCUUUGCUUCUCCAAGAUGCUCAGAUGUGCCAGAGUUAUUGCAGGUCCGUAACUUGUUAACAGCAAAAUAUGGAAAGGAUUUUGUUUCAGCUGCUGCAGAGCUACGGCCAGAUAGUGGUGUUAAUCGAACAGUGAUCGAGAAGCUCUCGGUGGGAGCUCCACCUGUUGAUAUAAGACUUAAGAUUUUGAAGGAAAUUUCUCAAGAGUAUAAUCUUGAUUGGGACACCUCUAGCACCGAGAAGGAAUUCAGCAAAAAACACGAGGACUUGCUGGAUGGUUCAAUCCCCCUACCUCCCAUAAAGAGCCCAACUGAUGUUUCAUCACCCAAGAUUGGUAAGCAGGAAUCCAAAGAACUCAAUAACCACGCUUCCAGGACAGAAUCCCCAUUGUCCAGCCCAAAGAACAUAGUGCUAAAAUCCAGUGAAAGUGAAACAGAGGCCAAUCAGCGGCCACUGGAUGCUAUGGAGAGAGCUCAGGCCGCUCUUGCCACAGCUGAGCAUGCUUUAGCUGCUGCACGCGCUGCAGCUGAGCUGAGUAAAGUUAAGUUAUUUACUCCGGAAAGUCCCAAGCACUUUCAUUAAUUAGUUUUUUAUUCUACUGUAAAAUGGUUGACAUAUAUGCUUUUUUCUUCAACUUCAUCUUUUUUUGGCUGUGAGGUGUAAAUAUUAUCUUGUGAGCCACUGGGAUUUGAAUUUUAUUGAGAACAGAAAACAAUAGAGUGACGUGUUUCUGUUAAUAUUUU